AUGCCGAUGGGAUCUCAUUGUAUCAGAGUUACAGCACCAGGAAAGAUAAUCCUUCAUGGAGAACAUGCAGUCGUUUAUGGAAAGGUGAGAACGUCUGUCAAGACUACUAAGACCAGCACAUACAUAAUUCCUUUUGCAGGGCCGUAGCCAGGAAGAAACUACAACCGAGGCGAACACACGGUCCGUUGUACGAAAUCAGCCGUAUGAAAUCUUCUAAUAUUAUCAGUCUGAUAAAAAAAAUAAAAAUCGACAGUAUUUGGUAAAAUUUUACCGAGACGAGUGCCUCGGUUCGCCUCAUACUGGCUACGGCCCUGUUUUGUAAAUAUCAUCGUGAUAAAAACCCUGUUCUGUUUCAUUAUCCAUCACUUUCCUUUGCACAGAAAGCUGUUGCAACUGCCAUUGGAUUAAGAACUGUAGUGAAGCUUGAAUCACAGAGAGAUCAACAUGUUAGACUCAGUUUGCAGAACUUCAACGUUACUUGCAAAUGGAAACAAGAUGAGCUUCAGAAAGAUGUCAACAGGCUUCUUGGUUAGUCCUUCCCCCUUUUUUAUUUUCUUUUUCUUUUUUGUUCUGGUUUAAAUACAGAAUACCGUUCCACUUUAAAGCAACCCCUAACGAAUUGGUGGAUACGGAAAUACUCAGUCACUGGGUAUCCGCUUAGUUAUGCACUUUGUCACUACAAUCCGCGCAUCCACUUAGUAAAUAUCUUUGAAAUAAUAGUCACUGCAUAUCCGUGUAUCCACUUCCAGUGUUCUCUCUAAAUUUUAGCUCGGCAGGCAAGGGAUCAUUCAUGGCUAGUAAGGCAAAAAAUAUGUGUCAGAGAUGUACUUUCUUGGAGGGGAGAGGGGGUAGUGCCGUGAGGGACAUGGCCCCGCCCUUGGGAGCUAAGUUCUCUGAAACAUUAUUCCCUCAUUUUUAGAUCUACCAUAAAACUCCAAAAAUUCCCCCCUACAUGUAUAAGCCCCUCCAAAAAUAAGCACCCCAAACUCCAAAAUGCAAAAACACCUCCGUUAAAUUACCCCUCCAAUAGCACCUGUGGGCUUGUACUUGGAAAUUGUCCUCAAAUUCAAAAAACAAACAAACAAAACAAAAACAGUGUACAGUAACACGUGAAUUUGCCAAAAAACUAUUAGUUUAUCAGUUUAUUACUGUUUGGGUAGUUCACUCUUCACUCUAGGCUAAAGUUUUGUUUUUAUAAGAUUCAUGAUCUUUUGGUAUGAACAGAGUUCCGUACUUAAUCAUUGACAUUACUUUACCUUUGAACUAAGUUUGCAUGGCUCAGUUUUAAAAGGCCUAGGUCCUCACAGUGAGUUCAGUCAGUAAAAACUUCAUGCAAAUUACUGACAAAUUUUCUUCCACCUAUAAGCUAGCCUAAUCAAUUUUGAGAUGCAAAUUUCCCUCCAAGCAUAAGCAUAACUGAUUUUGGAACAAAAGAAAUCUAAGCCGAAUCAUCCAUUGUCAUCUUAAGACAACAAUUAUUAAAAACGUUUGAUUCUGUUUUGCCACUCAGUAACUUUCCAGUUUUUAAUUUCUGCUAUUUUCUUUUUACUGAUUGCAAUGAGUUGAACUUGCACAAAUUGCAUAAAUUAACCAGCUCUUUUAGUUUUUGAACCUAAUUGGUUUAUAUGGCUACAUCUUCUAUGGAUUAACUUGUAUGUUAAUGAGCAAAAAUGUAAACAAUGACAUCACAUUGAAUCUGGCUACACACUUAUAUGCAUAUAAAGCUUGUGGUAUGUGUAUUUGUCGUUCUUAAUGCCUUUGAAGGUGAAAAGUGCAUAAAAGCAAUAAUUGCGUAUCAGCUCUUUCAGGGUUACAGCUUCAAAGUGACAAGGUUUUCGGAAGUUACUCCUUUUUUGUAUGUUUGUUUGUUUGAUUUUUAGGGCAAUGAAAAGAGCAAUGAAAAAGCAGGCUAAAACUUAGCAAGAUCACAUGUUUUCAUCUUGUUCUCUCUGGAUAUGCUAACCUACCCCAUAAUUUCACAAAUUAUUUAGUUUGUGACGUGAUCACUCUUCUUGUCAAUUGAGCCUAGUUGAAAAAUGUCUCACCAGUGUAAAGGGAGUUACAUCUUUCCCCUUUUAAUAAAUUGUUACACAAGAUGAAUUUUAAAGCAUCUGAAAUAUGAGAAAUAGGACUAUUGUCACAAGUUAUAAAAAAUUAGCCCAAAUACCAACAAACUUCCCUUGUUUCCCUGUAUUUACCCAAAACAGACAGAAGAGUUCAAACUAGAGGCACAACUGUGUGGCUUUCAAAUGAGUAAGAUUCAUGUAGGAAGUAACAGUCUUCAAAUGCAAUGUAUAGUGAAAUAUUAAAACAACAGUCCAUAUGAAUAAACAUUAUGCUUGCGUGACUAUAAUGUAUUGAAUUGCAGUUUAUUCACCUUAGGCAAGUGACCAUGUGCUUUGAUUUAGUCAGCUGACACUGACCUGUUUUACGCAUACUUGCAUACUAUCUUGUGCAUGCACCAGAGGGCAAUUUGUGCCAGAAUGAAACACCAAGCCCAUUUUUGAGCCCAGGCAUUUCCUUCAAAAGCCCAAACAAAAAGAAAGACAUAAAGGUGAUGUUACACAGGAGGAUUCGCAACGACGAUUUUUAGUGCAACACUGCUUUGCAAUAUUGGAACCAUGCUUAAACCAUUCAAAACAAUGAUGCAACAAUGUUGUUUCACUUUGUUGCAGUAAAAAUCAUUGUUGCUGAUCAUCUCAUGUAACAUUACCUUGGUGAAGAAGUUAUAGGUUUCCAUCUGGGGAGCGGGGCGGAGGGGAUUCAGGAAUUUUUGGGCAGGGAUGUGCCACUGGGACCAUGGAACCCUUAGCCUCCUGAGCUAGUUCAGCUGAAUUUUACUACCCUAUCAGUGUCCAACAGCCCGGGGCAAGUGGAUUUUGCGACUGGGCUAGUGAAUUCUGUGCUUAACUUGCCCGACGGGCAAGAGAAGAUUUUUCGGAGAACUAAAAUUACAGAAGUACUGUAAGACAAAAUGUUUUAAAUUCCUAAUAAAUUCCUGCGGACCGAAAGUCGCUCCGACGAAGUGAAAUCUGCUUAAACAAGAGGAAGUAUCGCAUAACAUGUCAGACGAGACAAAUUGAGAUCCCGCGCGUAAAGGAAAAGCAGAUAUUGAAAAAACUUUGGAGGUAAAUGUUGCCUGUGUCUAAUUCUUACUGAUUCAGAGAAAGCUGUUUGUCUAAAUUUUGCUUCAUAAUUAUUUGUGAGGAACCUAAAGGUUUUGAUCCUGAACUCCUGUGAGGAAUUUAUCAUGGUUUUAGCAAAUAUUGGUCACGUGCAUUUCAGUAUGGUAAAUUCUAGACACUGGUACUGUAGGUGUUUGUUGAUUAAAAUGUAUAGAUGAAAAGUUGCCAGAAAUAAAACAAACGUUUUUGUUCUUUUGAAACCUAAAACCUUUGGUUAGUUGUAACAAGACGAACCACAAAUUUGCAUAAUUUUUGUUUGCCUGACAUUUGCUCACUGAUGCGUGACUUGGCUCUCGCACUUUUCACUUUCCCGUGAACUUGAACCUUGACUUGGAAAACCGACUCCUAAACAAACCUUCUUCAGAAAAAUGAUCUGCAGAAUGCAUUACUUUUGAAUGAGAAGCAAACUGAUGAAAGUUAUCAAAUUUUUAUGCGCUUUAAUAAUAUAAACAUCUCCCCUGUCAGCGGCUAAGAAAUACUCCUGCGGGAAAUUGCGCGGCAAAUUGCAGAAUGAAGCGCUUUCACUGGCAGCUUUUCGCGUUGUCUACGUUGUCUUUUAGUGUGUCCAUUGAGAACUUUGGUUUCACGGUCUCAACACCGUUUUUUUUUUUAAAAAAAUGUUUUUCUAAAUUGUAAAAUGUCUAAAAUGCAUGUUAAUCAUUCACGUGUUGUGGUGGACUUAGAAAAAAUUCUACAGUGUGUCAGCGCCGAGAGCAAAACAGCAAAAAAUCAAACUAGUUCAAGACAUCGGGAGUGAAUAUUGCGUUGAACUCAAAGCGUUACAGAAGAUUGAGUAUUUGAACAUUUUCACAAGAGGUUAACCAGUAAUAUGUAGUUUUUAGCAUUGUGUUCAAAGACAAACAUUUGUCUGUUAUUCCGACCUUCAUUCUGUUAGCUUCACUUAAAUUGCUUAUUUCAUCAUUGUGAGUUGACUUUCAAGACAAAGGCAUUUAUAAUCGAAAGGUGAACACUGAAUUAUUGUACUAGUGUGUCAAGAGUAUCUUACCAGGUCUACUUAUAGUUCACACUUUUACGGUUAUUUAUUGCUUUUGUUAAAUAACUACAGCUGAUUGUAAUGAAUAAAUGAAGCCAGUAAUUUAUUAACUUACAGUGUAAUUAAGAAAGCAAUAAUUAAUUAAUAAUUUUUCACUCUGCUCGCGGAAAAAAUUUUUCGGAGUAGUAAAAAUGACUUUCGAGCUAGUAGAUGUUAGUUACAGCUUGCCCAAAGGGCAAGCUGUAAAAUUGACUUUCUUUGCACCCUGCCUAUAAUGGAGAUACCUCCCCAAAUGCCCCCUAUCCUAUGGUAGCUGUUUUCCAGAAACUACUGAGGUCACUAAGCACCAUCCAGCCAGAACAAAAUCUUCAACCAAUUGACCACUCCACCCGUGGGAGUUAAAAUGGCCCCAAGAGAAACUGAAAACAAUGCUCAUGCAAAAUUUUGGGGUGACAAACAAAGAACAUUAUGUUAUGUUAUGUUUUUGAUUGGUCAAUUAAUCACUAGACCUUAACUUAGCUUUAUUAUUCCAUCGUUCAUGUAGGUACUGACUCAGUAAAGCCAAAGCCCAGGGCUUAUACGGCCUGUGGUCAGAAUGACAGAAAUUAUUUUAUAUAGAAAAGGAGACUGUAGGAUAAAUUGAGAAACGAAGAUUAAGUAAGCUUACAUGCAUGCAGUCCUUAUAAGACUGAUGACAAAUAAACUAACAAUGAACCUAUGAGAAUCUGGCGCUAAUUCAAUUCAGGCUGAAAAAGUAAAGUCUUAAAUUCUUUUUAAAGUUAGUGGUAGUGACACUGUUAAGGACAGUCAAGGGGAUAUCAUUCCAAAUAAUCGGGGCUUGACAACUAAUAACAAAUUGAUACCUGAGGGACAUUUUUAUGCAAGUUAAAACAGGAAUGAGUUAGAUAAUCAUGAAAAUUAAUAUUAAAGACCCAAAUUCCGUCUAUUUGUAUACCUUAUCCCAGGGUAAACUGCUUUAAAACCUUACCCUUUACAGUGGCACAUACCCAAAUAGACCAAAUGUGUCAGUACCCCCAGGGUUUCCACUUAUAUAUUGACUAUCUAUUACUGUUUCAGCUUUUUCAGGUUGUUCUCGUGAGGCAACAGAGUUGUUCAACAAAUUUGUAGAACACUGUCAACAAAUGGAAGAAACUAAGAAGCUUAUGAUAAAUGCAAUCAGGGUUUUUGUUUUCCUAGUUGGAAAGAUUGUGAAAGACGUUAACGGGUGAGUGGCGCAGGGGGUACUCCUUACAAUGACUGAGGCUCCACCUGAAAGGGUUGCCUUUUUAAGGGUUCAGGUAUAUGAAAGGGUAGGCAGGGCUGUCGUUAAAAUAGACAGGAGAAGUCAUUAUGUCAUGUUGCCAUGGUAGCAAAAUUUUUGGAUGAAACAAACCAGUUAAGUCACUUUAAAGUCUAUUCGCACUAUUUCAAACUUUACCGAUUAGAUCUUCGGGAAACUUUCUUUGGGACCUUAUAUAUUGUUAUCUCAGUUUAGAAAAAGAAUACAACAAUUUUUUUUGUUGUGUUCUCCUACUCCAUAAAGCAGGCUUGUGAAAUUAGGAAGUUUCAUGUCGUAGUGGUGAAACAAUGACAAAGAAAUGUACAAAAUAGCAUCUUGUUGUUUGUGAAUAUAAACAUAUUAUUUUUUGUGCCAUUCUCCUUGCUGUCACAGUCGUCGUUGGUUUUGUUGUCAUCCAGAAAUAGUGUCACCAUGGUAACAUGACGUCACACUUCUCCUCUCUAUUGUAUAGCUAGGAAAUUCUGUUGGUUUUAUUCUCCUCUUGUGUCCUAUAAGAGUAGCCAAGGCUCACACUCAUAGUAGCUGGGGAAAAUCGCCGACCCCCAGCUCUUAGUGACAGCCCUGGGUAGGGAUUCUUGAAUUAUAUGAAAGGGUAGGGAAAUCUGUCAUUUGGCUCUGUAAAAAGGCUAAAAAGGGCUAUGAUCCCUGUCAAAUGCAUUUUAUGGCUGUGAAAAAGUUUUGUGAUUCAUUCAAACAGUUGACUGCUGAUAACUCAAGCCCUCGUUAACUCGAACCGAAGUCGAUUUCCCCUUUAUUUCCUUCAUACAUUAACCCUUUAAACCCCAAUAUCCACGUACAAAUUCUCCAAACUGCUCUCUAUACGUUUCCUUCAAGAAGAAGUUGAGAGAAUUUGAUAAAAGAUCAAGGCAUUUUUCCUUAGGUGAUCAUUUUAUUAAUUCUCAUUACCUAAUCUCAUGACAUUGUAUGGAUAUCAUUAGGAGAAAAUUGACGUUAGUGACUAUUGGGACUUAAAGGGUUAACUGUAAUACCCUUGGUAACUCAAACCCACAAAAACUCAAACCUUCUGCUAACUCAAAGUGAUUUUUGUUUCCCUUCAGAUCAAUGCUAAAUAAUUUUACCCUCAAUAACUCGAACAAUGUCAUGAGUUCAUGACAAGUUGGGAAAAAACCGUGUACCGAGUUCAGAAACAUUGAAUUUAUUUCAAAACAACUGUUUCAGUUCUUUGUCUUUUCUUUUUUGUGACUCCAGUUUAAAUUCAGUAUCAAUCCCAGUAUACUUAAUUGUUGCUUAAUUGCAUUCCCUCCCCAUUAUUUUCGUCAAACUCCCCAUACAGGUAACUCAAUUUUUUUUCGAUUUCCUUAGAAGGUUCGAGUUAAAUCAGGAAUCGACUGUAUCUAUAAAAACAGUGCAUUUAUGGGAGUUAAAAUAAAUGAUAAGUUCAGAAUUAGACUACAGGCUGUAGGUAUGUGAAAGGGUACCAUUUGUCACUAGGAUGUAUAUGAAACAUGAGUACCCUCUCUGUCAGAAUGGUAUAAUAAAAAGGGUAAGGGGUUGGACCUUGGAAAGAGCCUCCCCGUAUUAAUUAUUUUAUGUACAUGUUCUUAUGGGGAGUGUAUGGAAGGGAGGCUUGUCUACAUUAGUGGUACCUGUGCAGUGCAUAUGAAAAUGCUAUAGUAGACCAUUUUGCAGUUGUGGACUAAGUACCCUAGCGUUCUAGUGAAUGUGAGGCUGAGGUUGACCUUGUUCUGAUACAAACCUCCUUUGCUUUGUUAUGAAAAUACUAGUUAGCAUAAGAAUAACUUGAUUUACAAAAUAAAGCAGGAAGGUUUGUAUCAAAACAAUGUCACCUCCAGCCUCGCUUCCAUCCAUAACUGUAAAAUGGCCUAUUCCCUCUGUAUUUAACAGAACAUAACAACUUUAUUUAAAUGUUGAUGUCUUUUGCUUUAAAAGUUAAUUGGGGAAGCUAAAAUAUUAGGAAAAAAUUAUAAAAUGAGUUUAUACAUGAUAUCAACAGGUAAAUUUAUAAUAAUAUUCUCUAAAAUCUCAAAUUCAAAAGUUAAAAUUUAAAAGUUUAAAGAUUCUGGAGUCAUCCCCACUAAAAUAUACAGAAAAUACUAAAAAUAUUUCUUAAAAUUCUCAAGAACUACAAGGGCUGAUCUAGGAUUUUUCUUAGGAGGGGGGUGCAGCACUAAGUAAUAAAAAAUGUAACUGACUGAUGACAUAAACAAAUUUUAGUACAGAAUACCAGUUGUAUUACAAACCUGCACAUCAUCUCAGGGGGUGGGAGGGAGCUGCACACCCCCUGCACCCUCCCCCUAGAUCCACCCCUGUUUAAUGUUGUUAGGUAGAAAUGGCAAGCUGCAAACCAUGUCCUGUAGUCUCAGUUCAGGGCUCGAAAUUAAAAAAGUCCUCAGGUCGCCAUUUGGCAACCAACCGUAGAAAUAUAGUCACCAGAUGCAAAAUUUAUGGUCGCCAGUUUGUAUAAUAUAAAUGACGCAGCUCAUAAUCAAGUAUGGCUCAAUCCAUCACAUUGAAAGCAAAGCAAGAUAAGAUGAAUAAUGUUUGUUUAUUUUAAGGAGGCAGCGUGGCCAAGUGGUUAGAGUGCUGGCCUUGGAAUUCGAAGGCCCCGAGUUCAAGUCCGGCUCUGACCACUACCUGGAUUUGCUAACAGUAGUCCCGAGUUCAAAUCCUCGGCCAUGCUUGUAAAUAGCCAGCUGGUUUGCCUCCGGCCAGUUGGGAUUCUUAACCCUGUUAAGUUCAAUUUGAAUUACUUGUCUCAGGCAUUUACUUGGCCCCACUAGCAUUGGUGCUAUAAAAUACUGCCGAGGGUGAAUAACGGAAUUAUUUAACUUCACUCUUUUAAUUUAAAUCUAAAUCAUUGAGAAACCGGGUUAUGAAAGGGGUGACUGAACCAGAAUUUUUAGUCGCCAAGGAGACAAUGUUAGUCACACUUGGGACCAUAUCGGUCACAAUUUCGCGCCCUGGACAUACAUAUAUACUUCACUCACUUAUUGAGGCCAAUCUCCUGACCAAGCCUCCAUGACAAAAUCUUUCCACACUUUUCUGUCUGGCAUUGCACUUUGUCAGUUAAGCUUGAAAAGGGAGUUUUGAUCCACACGAGUUUAUUGAAAAUUUUAAGUACUAAAUGUGUAAUCUGAAUUCCAAAAAACUUCACUUGCCUAUCGGGCAAGUUAAAAACAGAAUUAGCGAUCGAACAUGACUUUCUCUAAAUGCCAUUGUAUGAUCAUAAAUUAUUUGAUUUAGUGCCAUUCCUCUUUUAUUGACAGACUGGGUUCCUUCUCAGUUGAAAUUAACUCAUCAAUUCCUAUUGGUUCUGGUCUUGGUUCUUCGGCAUCUUACAGUGUCUGCCUUGUCACAGCCCUCCUAGCAGCCAUGGAAGCAAUUCCUUCAGUUCAGGAAACAACUACUGCUACCUUAUCCAUUGCCAAGGGUGAGGGAACUAUUUCUCUGCCUCAUCAAGAUCUUGCAUUAAUCUGUCACUGGAGCUUAGAAGCUGAAAAGCUAGUUCAUGGGAACCCAUCAGGAGUAGACAAUUCUAUUUGCACAUAUGGUAUGUGGAAAUUACUUCUUCUUUAACCGCGGCAGGAUUAGCUCAGUUGGUAGAGCACUUGACUUCAGAGCGGGAGGUCGUGGGUUCAAUUCCUGGGACCAGACCAACACUCAGGGUCUUAAAAUGACUGAGAAAGGAGGUACUGCCUUUGCCCUGCAAAUGGCUAGACCUUCGCGUGGCUCAGAUGACCAUGUAAAAUGGCGGUCCGAGAGACAUAAAAGUAUAGUGCCCCCAGUUAGUGCUUUCGUGCUAAAUACAUUGACACUAAAAUAAAGUGCUUAUUUUUUCUAAUAACAUAAGGGCACAGUCAAUUGAUCCUUUUCUGGAAAAUAGAGUACAGGUACUCUGAAAAUCUAAAAGUUUUCCUUUUUUAUAUGCCAGUAUUCUGGUGUGUUUUAAUACAGUCAUUUAAUAGUUACCUGUAUGUUCUUGCAUGCUUUCUCUUACAGGAGGGGCUCUAACAUUCGAAGAUGGUACUUUAAACUGUUUGACAAGGUAACUUAAAUGGUUGUACACAGUGAACUUAAUGCCCCUUCCAGGGAUGUCACUAUAGAUUUCAAGCUGCCUGAUACAACAAGUAGACAGGAAAUCAAACAGCUCAGGAUUUCUUUUGGUUCUAUUUUUCUUCUGUCUUCCAAUAAAUUUUAGUAUUAAAGUUCUUUGGGGCCAAACUACUUUCAUAAUAUCCGGGGGAAGUACCCUGCCCUUCAGUCCUGUACUAUUGUUUACAUUUUUUGUUUGCUAUUAUUCCUGUAAUAGUGGGCAUCAGUCAACAAAACACUUGGGUAAACCAUUCAGAGGAUAGUGGCAACAGUCAAGUCAAAUUUCCCUUAGAGUAAGGAAUAAUCAAUGGGUUUAUACGUUCUUGAAGCCUGUUAAAUGUACUCCUCUGUUUAUGUCUUGUUGUCUUGGCAACAACAAGGUAUAAGUAGCUAUAAGAGCAAAAUUAUGAUAAUUUUGUUGUCAAUCUGGGAUUUGUUGAAUAUGAUCUAACUGUGAGCUUCAUACUCUUUGCCAUAGAUUACCUCAACUAAAGAUUCUCAUAACUAAUACUAAGGUUGCUCGCAGUACAAAGGACUUGGUGUCCGGUCUCAGAGAAAGAUAUCAGCAGGUAUUUUGUUUGGAAGUACGGUAUACAUGUACAUGUAGUUUAGUAGGUGAAAAGAGGGAAUUAUACCAUGAUUAAUCAUAACUACAACAAAAUUCUCAAACUGAUUGGCUAUCAUCUGUCCUGAUUUCAGCACUAAAAGGACAGUGUAAUAGGACAGCAUGUGUCAUGCUUCUGUGUAAUUGGACAGUAUGCACCAUCAUGCAUACUUAAAUGGCUUUUUUUCUUUCACUGCUAGCAAGAAAACUUUUGGAAUUUUUUGUAUUUUUUGUUUUCAAGAGGGCUAAAACAUCACAAAUUUUCUCAUAGUAAGUUAUGAUUAAUUAUUGGUAACAGGACUCUGUUUCACAAGUAGGCAAGUUUGCUCCUGAUAAAAAAAAUUGUUGAAGACAACAUUUGAUGGAAGUCAAACUUCAUUCAUUAUAACUCGACUUCAUGAAACAUUAGGGCCAUUUAUACGAGGAAAAAUAAGACACGCCUUACAUAAGACGCGUCUUAAAAAAAACGCGAACUUUACGUAUAAACGGAUUAGAUUAGACAUGCUCGUAUAAAUGGUACAGUUCGCGUCUUAUUUAAGACGCAUCUUAUGUAAGACGCGUCUUAUUUUUCCUCGUAUAAAUGGCCCUAUUGUGCAACAUUGUGUAACAUGGUGUCCAAAAAUAUGGAAUAUGUUGGUCCAAUGAUGUUGAACACCGUUGCAUCACUUGUUCAGCCGGGUUUAAGGUUAAAGGUUUGUUUAUAGUGGAAGUGCACCUAUCCAGCUAGUUUACAGGCACUCCACUCAAAUAACUAGAAACAAACAAUGAAUUAGUUAAAUUGAAUAAAUAAUAAUGUAUUUGAAAAACCCCAACUGGCAGGAGGCAAACAGUUGGCUAUUACAAGAGUGGCCAAUGAUUUGAACUUGUAGCUUGCGUAGCUGGUGGUCUUUGUUCCACACGUGUAAAAAUAAAAAAUGUGAAGCCACCAGAAAAAUACAGUAUGUAAAACCAUUGUUUUCUCAUUGUUCCCGCCUCAAUCUCUUUGCGGCUUCAUGACUCACUUACUCAUUUGCAUGUUCGUCAAACAAACCCAUCAGCAACACAGGCUAUAUUGAACAAGUCCAGGUUUUGGUUAGAGCAGGACUUGAAACCAGGACCGCUAGAAUGUGAGUCUGAUGCGCUGAACACCCGGCAAUGUUGUCUCCUCUAGUAUAGGUAAUAUCCUCUACAUGUGUUGUGUUUUACUUCUCUCUCUCUCUCUCUCUCUCUUUUUAUCAGCUUCCAACUGUGUAUAGUCCCUUGUUUGAUGCCAUUGGUGCUAUUGCAGAUGAGUGCUGUGUUUGUCUAGAGAAGCUCUAUCAUGCUCAAGGU